CGGGAAAGCGUAAAUAAACUUGCACGAUUUCGGCGCAGAGUUACUAGAGCGGGUUAGUAAAAUGCGCUUAAAUCACUAAGUGCCACACGUGGAGCGCGUGUCUUUAGCUCGAAUUAGAAACGUUCGUCGCUGGACUGCAGCAGACGUCGUUAGCUCGCUGGCUAGCUGAUGACCACAAAGACCUGAAGCACUAAGCCCGUCGUUAACGUUGCUUAGCAGGUCCGCUGAUGUUCAUCUGCCUGAACAUACGCUGACUGGACCCGGGUGCAGAAGUGGACUUCAGCUCACGUAGGAAUCUGCACGAACUUGAGAUGACUUUAGAACGGUUCAAGAUGACUACUUCUUGGAGUGAUCGACUUCAGAACUACCCAGACCUUCCUGCCAACAUGGAUGGCUUGUCUAUGAAGAAGUACAGACGAGAGGCCUAUCACAGCUUGCCACGGGAACUGGCCCAAUGUCAUCCUGCUAUGAGAGUUUUUGUCAACAGAAGUUUGGCAAUGGAGAAGAUAAAAUGCUUUGGCUUUGAUAUGGAUUACACUCUAGCAGUGUAUAAGUCUCCAGAGUAUGAAUCCCUAGGCUUUGACCUGACUGUGGAGCGGCUGGUUUCCAUUGGUUACCCACAAGAGCUUCUAAACUUCGUCUAUGACCCUUCCUUCCCAACCAGAGGCCUGGUAUUUGAUACAAUGUAUGGCAAUCUACUGAAAGUAGAUGCCUAUGGCAACAUUUUGGUGUGUGCCCAUGGUUUUAACUUCAUGCGUGGACCAGAGAUUAGGGAAAUGUAUCCAAACAAGUUCAUCCAGCGUGGAGAUACAGAGCGAUUCUACAUCCUGAAUACCCUCUUUAAUUUGCCUGAGACCUACCUUUUUGCUUGCUUGGUUGAUUUCUUCACCAACUGUUCCAGAUACACUAGCUGUGAAACUGGAUUUAAAGAUGGAGAUCUCUUCAUGUCCUUCAAAAGCAUGUUUCAGGAUGUCAGGGAUGCUGUUGACUGGGUUCAUUUCAAGGGAUCACUGAAAGAAAAGACAGUGGAAAACCUAGAGAAGUAUGUUGUGAAAGAUGCCAAGCUGCCACUACUCCUCAGUCGAAUGAAUGAAGUUUCCAAAGUAUUCCUGGCCACUAACAGUGACUACAAAUACACAGAUAAAAUCAUGACAUACUUGUUUGACUUCCCUCAUGGUCCUAAAAUGGGAACUCCUCAUCGGCCCUGGCAGUCCUAUUUUGACCUUAUCCUGGUGGAUGCCAGGAAGCCAGUGUUUUUUGGGGAAGGCACAGUCCUGAGACAGGUGGACACGACCACGGGAAGGCUGAAGAUUGGAACAUAUACAGGGCCACUGCAGCAUGGCAUUGUGUACUCUGGUGGAUCUUCAGACAUUGUUUGUGAUCUAUUGGGAGCGAAAGGGAAGGACAUUUUGUACAUUGGUGACCACAUUUUUGGAGACAUUCUCAAGUCGAAGAAACGUCAAGGUUGGAGAACAUUCUUGGUGAUUCCGGAGUUGGCUCAAGAGCUGCAUGUGUGGACUGACAAGAGCUCUCUUUUUGAGGAACUGCAGAGUCUGGAUAUUUUCCUGGCAGAGCUCUACAAGCAUUUGGACAGCAGCAGUAAUGAGAGACCUGACAUCAGUUCCCUUCAGAGAAGGAUUAAGAAAGUAACCCAUGACAUGGACAUGUGUUAUGGGAUGAUGGGUAGUCUGUUCCGUAGUGGCUCUAGACAAACACUCUUCGCAUCGCAAGUGAUGCGCUAUGCUGACUUGUAUGCUGCCUCCUUCAUCAACCUACUUUACUACCCCUUCAGCUACCUGUUUAGAGCAGCACAUGUACUGAUGCCUCAUGAGUCUACAGUAGAACACACUCAUGUGGCUAUCAAUGACAUGGAGUCACCCAUGGCAACACGCAACCGUCACUCUGUGGACUUCAGAGACUUUGAGUGUAAGAGGCACCAGCUGACCCGCUCCAUCAGUGAGAUUCAGCCGCCACACCUGUUCCCUCAGACACCACAGGAGAUCACACACUGCCAUGAUGAGGAUGAUGAUGAGGAAGAGGAAGAAGAGGAGGAGGAGGAAUAGACAACCUGUAGUUUUGGCAUCAAGUGAGAGUAGAUCUUCUAAAAAUAUGCUUACAUUACCAGGUUAGAAUUCAGCACGUUCGUCAUAGCAUUUAUUAUCCAGAUCAGCUUUAUUCUUGGAUAAAGUGAAAAUAAUUAUUUUUUUCCAUUGCCUAUUCCAAAUGCGAUUAUAUUUUUAGAACUUGAAUUGUUCUGUAAGGCUAAAAAACUUUGAGGGUGCCUUCUGUUGUUCAGACCUGUUUUGUAAGUGAAAUUCACUUUGGAAUCAACAGUGAAUCCCUCACAGACCUAACUCCUUUGAUCACCUCAUGAGAAGGCGAAGUUCACUUGCAGACACACCCUGCCUUCUCUGAUCCAUGAUAACACUGCAUAUGUUCCAGUCUGCGCAAAUCAGUUUUUUGUCACCUGUUACCAUGCCAUUUGCAUGAUACGAAGGGAACAAAUACAUUAUUUACCUUACAAAGCUGCCUUUGCUCAGCACAGCCUUAGAAAAUAGCAUGCAAUGGCAUUUCAUGUAGUGGGUGAUAUUAUUUUCAGCCUUUCAGAAUGAAACCUUACUGCAUGAUGACAACUGUGUACUAUGCCAAGGUUCCUCAUACAUGCAACCAAAGCCUAUUGUAACCAGUGUUGUGCCUGUGACUAGGCCAUUCAGAAGGAGGCUAAAGCUCUCCUACUACAGCUGUAUCCUUUCAUUGGAUUGAAAAUGUACCUUGUAUAAAUGAGCUGUUAGUACAGCUUUUUUUUUUUUUUUGCUCAUUGUGUUAUAGAAAGUGAAGCAUGCAUAUGAUUCAUUCUUUCAUUAUUUUGUUGGUUAUUUUGGAAAAUUGUUCUUAUUUGAAUAGCUGAAAACAGCACAAUUGAUGACUGCCAUAUUAUAUGCCUGCUUUGAGCUGAAUGCAGCCAGAAUGACUUUUUGAAUUAUGUUUAGAUUAAUCAGCAACUGCACUAGAAGGGCAACUGCAUCAACUUUAAUGUCAGCAGCCAUAACUGAGAAGUGCAUGAGAUUUGUUGCCUGCAUGCAGGUGUAAGAUUGCAUCACUGCCUCAACUACUGUAAAGCAGUUGUUGUGUUCAUAAAGCAUUGAGAAUCUGGACCACGGGGAAUUCUACUUAUGCAUCAUGCCUUAGCCAUGCACAGUACAUUACAGAUUUACAAUCGGUUUCUUUUGUAUCUGUCGGAUUGCUGGAUUUUUUGUUAAUGUUCUUUCACUUAAGUAUUCAGUUUUGAGCUGAAAAGUGUUGCUUAAAUAUUAUAUUCAGUGCUGUAGUGCUGAUCAGAAUGGAAAGGAUUGAUUUUGACCUAUUUUCAGUGUUCUUUUGUCAGCUGGUCAUGGACACUAAUGUGGACCAAAAGGAACUUGACUGUAAUCAUUACAUUUCUUUUGGCUACUGUGCUUCAUUGUAUGUGCCUCUUUGGCCCUAUUCUCACAGGAUACUGCUUAUUUCAUACGCAUUGAAUAUAUGCAGAUGUAAAUUUGACCGCGUCAUCUGAUAUGCUGAGGUAAUACUUGGCCCUGGUACUGAGUUAGCAAUACAGAUGUUUGGAAUGAAAAGCGUAUUGUAGACUUUCUUUGCUUCUGCUUUGACAUGUUGACAUGCUGUAUACAUGUACUGUACAUAUUCAGAUGUACAAAUGCAUGUUUUCUAUACACUGUUGAACAGUCUCAUCAGUAUUCCUGAAAAUUGAAUGUUUAGUUUUGUUGGACUUGAUUUGGACGGUUUGCUCCAACAGAGCAACCCAUAACCAAAGGCUGCUUCAUUUUUAUGCCUGUGUGGGUUUAGCAGGCCUGUGUCAGUCAUAGUGGCGAACAGCACUAUGUGACGACAUUAUUUGAGUGCGGUUCUCUGUGCCAUUUUGUUUUUGUAUACAUGAAAAAAGUUGGCUUACCUUUGUUUCAUGAGUGACUUGAGGCAAUUUAACCAAGUUGCCCUUGAAUUUUUUUAACGUGUGCAUGUUUCCCAGCAUUGAUUUUUUUUUUUUUUUUUUUUUUUUUAGCUUUAGAACUUGUUUUUGCAUUGUUUACAGUAUAAAUAUUGAGACUGAUUUGGUUUUGUGUUUUGAGCUGUUCUGAGCUGAAGAACAGUGCAGUCCAUCAGACAUAAUCCACUGAGCACAGCCUGUUCUCAGCAGAGGCAAUUUCCAUUUCCAAACAGCACCAUCAAACCUGGACAGUGGCUAUUUUCUACUGUACAGUCAUAUGGUCACCUAGUGCGUGCAACAAUUUCAACUUGCUUCACCUAAUUCCACUGUGAAAUCAUACCUGAUCCAGAUCAAAUCGCAACUAUACAACUACAUACUUGAUCACUGAUUUAUAUUGAUUCAUAUUAAAGUACUCAGUACAAAACAAUGGAGACUGUGAUCAUGUUCGUUCAUUGUGGUCCAGGUGUCUCUAAGGAAGCAGAUGUAGUCUUUAUUUUUUUAAGAUGAUGCACAAAAGCACUGAAUGAUGAAGGACAAGGCUUAGAACAAACUGUGAAGAGCCAUGUUUUAUUUCAAAUAACGGUUACUUGUUUGCCUUAAAUGACUGAUGACAAUUUUCUUUCCUGCUGUUAUUUUUCAAAGUUUUUGUUAUAUUUGGUCUACUUUUAUUUUGUCUGCAAUGAUGAGAAAAGAGGAUGUGUCAUGAAUUUACAAUCUGUAAUCUUACUGUAGAAAUAAAGGCUAUUUCUCUUA